AUGACGAAAGGGACGUCAUCGUUCGGCAACCACCGCAACAGGAUGCGCACACUGUGCCGCCGCUGUGGCUCCAAGGCCUGCCACCUGCAGAAGUCCACCUGUGGCAGGUGCAGCUACCCCGUCAAGCAGAAGAGGAAGUAUAACUGGAGUGCCAAGGCUAAACAACAAAACACUACGGGGACUGGUCGCAUGAGGCACCUAAAAAUUGUGUACUGCAGAUUCAGGCAUGGAUUCCAUGAAGGAACAACACCUAAACCCAAGAGGGCAGCUGUUGCAGUGUCCAGUUCAUCUUAA